UCCGUGACCAGGAAGUACUUAGUUAUUAUUGCCUGUUUCACAGCGGUGUGGGUCUUUGUUUAUUAUUCCCGGCAGUUUCUUAUCAAGCAUCGUGAAAUGGAAGACGAAUGGGAGGAGGAGGAGCAGUUGGUUGUGGUUGAGCUCUCUGGUAUAAUUAACUCAGAUUUUUUGACCAAGUGUCAUGGAACCUGCAAGAUACUGGACAUUGACAGUGAGCAGCCAAUGAUGCAGGUGGGAAGAUACGUGUUUGCGGGAGAGUAUGACGAUGCCUUGGGCACCUGUGUGCUCUUCGAGGAGGGACAGUCGAGUGGGGCAGACCCUGAAGCCAGUCCAGAGCUGAGCUAUAAGUGCCACACCGUUAAGAGACUGAUGAUGCAGAGAACCUUCCUUGCUGAGAAAAAGGAAGGAGACAACAGCUCAGGAGACUUUCAGUUUCAGCCCCUGAGUGACGGAAUGUCCCCAGCCAGACUCGACUCACUCUCUCACUUCAUCCAGAACCCAAAGAGGACCUCCAAGUCAGCAGGGGAAGGGGGAGCACACACGAUGGGGCAGAAGACCGGGUAGAGGGGUCAGGCAGGACACUGGCAGCAACUCCAUUAAUUAGAAUAUCCCCACUCAGUUGGAAUGUCAAUGAUUGAUGAUGAAAUGGGCAUGCAGCUUGAGGGGAUGCACUCAUGCAUAUCCUACUAAUGAACUUGGUUGUGUGAUGCAGUUAAAAAACACUAAUGUCACAACAAGAAAUAAAAGUCAAUGUUAGAAAGUU